AGUUGGGAACAAAAUGGAAGAAAAUAACACAAAGUUACUAGAUGAAGAAGCUAAAGCUUCUCUAGACAUAUGGAGGAGAUAUGUCUUCGGGUUUGCAGAUGCCGCAGCUGCAAAGUGUGCCAUUGAUCUUAAAAUACCAGAAGCCAUUGAAAACCAUCCGUCGUCACAGCCCGUGACUCUAGCCGAGCUCUCGUCCGCCGUCUCUGCCUCUCAGUCACAUCUCCACCGUAUAAUGAGGUUUCUUGUGCACCAAGGACUCUUCCAAGAAGUCCCCACAAAGGAUGGUCUAGCCACAGGCUACACUAACACGCCACUCUCUCGCCGUAUGAUGAUCACAAAACGUGACAACAAAUCUCUGGCUCCUUUGAUUCUCCUCGAAACAAGUCGAGAGAUGCUCGCUCCAUGGUUGAAACUGAGCUCAGUUGUCUCUUCGCCGGUCAACGGUUCGCUUCCACCGUUCGAUGCUGUGCACGGAAAGGAGUUGUGGUCGUUCGCACAUGAUAAUCCGCGCCACAGUGAGCUGAUCAAUGAGGCCAUGGCUUGUGAUGCAAGGCGCGUGGUGCCACGUGUAUCCCGAGCUUGUCACGGCUUGUUUAACGGCGUAGCUACGGUGGUGGAUGUUGGAGGAGGUAACGGAGAGACGAUGGGAAUAUUGGUUAAGGAGUUUCCUUGGAUCAAAGGAUUCAACUUUGAUCUUCCUCACGUUGUUGAAGUUGCUCAAGUCUUUGACGGUGUUGAGAAUGUCGGAGGCGAUAUGUUUGAUUCUAUUCCUGCAUGCGACGCCUGGGUGUUACAUGAUUGGGGAGACAAAGACUGCAUAAAAAUAUUGACGAACUGUAAAGAGGCGCUCCCGCAACAAAAUGGAAAAGUAUUAAUAGUGGAAUCUGUGAUCAGAGAGAAGAAAAAAGCGAUGAUAAUGGAAGAGAGAGAUGAGAAAUUAGAGUACGUGAGAUUGGCGCUUGAUAUGGUGAUGAUGGUUCACACAAGCACAGGCAAAGAAAGAACUUUGAAAGAAUGGGACUUUGUCAUUAAAGAAGCUGGCUUUGCUCGAUACGAGGUGAAGGACAUCGAUGAUGUUCAGAGUGUUAUCAUUUUGUAUCGUUCCUAAAAGAAAGAGAUAUAGAGAAGUGUCGAACGCAAGAUGAGGAAGAUCUCAAGAAAGAUAAAAACUAUUUGAGAAAAACCAAUAAAUUUGUGAAUUUGUGUGAAAUUAUACCUAAGUGAGAAUGGUUGUAUGGUGUGAAAAAAUUCAUGGCUUGUUUUACCAGUCGCGUUGUAUUGUGUUUGUCAUUUGUAUGCUUUUCACUUGUUUGUUAUGUGUUGUUGAAUGUUGAUUGUUUGUCGACAGUUGAAUUGGUAUUAUUUAGUAGUAUUUUUUUUUUUGAAAGAGGUUUUUAUCUGGG